AUGAAGAAUACCGUGCUUCGAAUAAAAGCAGAGCUGGAAAACGUUAAAAGGCUAUACUGUGACGAUGAUUUCCUCUGGGUCUUUAACAUUAGAGACAGUACUUCUUCCAUCACCAGGGAAAACAUCCAAUUUAAAAAUACAGACAUUCUCGAAAUUCCUAACAGCAGGGGAACAGCCAAUUUCCUAGUCAAAUGGACUGAGUACCCGAAAUACUCCACCAUAAACUUCGUGAAGACAAAGAACGAUUGCUCCUACGACAGCGGAGCGGACAACGACUGGAGAGACUUUGCCACCUUCGAGUGCCGAGGGAUCGAACUGAUGGAAUUUCUACCACAUGGAAACUUUAUCGUGGAAGACAUCAAAGGAAAAAUUUACUACGAUGUGAAUUUGUCUGAUGGAAAUUGGUGUGACUACAACCAGGAUCACGAAAUGUGCGUGGGAAUUUACAACGUGGAGUAUGAGAUAUAUUAA